AAUAAAAUGGCAGAAAGAGGACAUGCUUUAAAAUAAGAUAUAAGUAAAUUGGCAUGGGAAGAGACUGAUUUUCCAAUAAUUUGCAAUGUAUGUUUAGGUGAGAACCCUUACAUUAGAAUGGUAGCAUUAAUGAUUUAAUAAAAAAAUAAAGUUAAAAGAUAGAUUUGGAAGAGAGUGUCGAAUUUGUGCAAGACCAUUUACAACAUUCAAAUGGAAACCAGGAAGUAAUUCAAGAUAGAAAUAGACAGAAAUAUGUUAAACUUGUGGAAAAAUAAAAAAUAUUUGUUAGGCUUGUUUUAAAGAUUUAGAUUUAAAUAUGGGAUUAUGCACAAGAGAUAAAUUUUUAGGAGAUGAAAAGAUUGAGAUUCCUGAACAUACAGCUAACAGAGAUUAUUGGGCUGAAUAAGCAAAUAGAUAAAUAGAAAGAUUAAUUUUACCAUAUGAUAAACCUUUACCUAUGUUAGAUUAAAUCUUAAAAGAACCAAGAUUAGCAGAAGUGAAUUAAUAAUUGAACAAUGGAUAAUUAGAAAAAGCUAAUCAAGUUUAUACUGAACCAAUAGAAAAUCCAUUAGAUGUUGAUUUACUUUAUUAAGAAAAGUUCGAACCUAAAGGAUUAACAACUCCUGAUGAUCUUAAAAUUUGUAGUCUUUAUGUUUCACAUAUGAGUACAGAAAUUAAAGAAUCAGACUUAAAGUAAUAUAUUAAUAAAUAAAAGAUUUCUAUUUUCUAAAUUUGGAAAAGUUAAUUCAAUUAAGAUCAUGGAACAUGGAUAAAGUUGUUUUAUACAUUUCGCUAAAAGAAAAGAUGCUGAAAAUGCAGUCAAUAGUCUUUAUAAUAAUAUUAUUAUUAAAGAUGUUAUUUGUAAAAUAUAAUGGGCAAGAGCUCCUAAUAAGAAAAUACCUAUCAAAAGUACCAAUUAUUAAUUUUAUAAGAUCUUAUUCAAUAAUUAUAGCCUGAAAUAAAUAAUAAAGCUCAUCCUCCAUAAAUGCCACCAAAAAAUAUUGAAAAUAAACAAUAAUUUGAAGAUAAGUAUAAAUACUUCUUUAUUUUUAGUAUUUUGAUUGGUUUACUGGAUUCCUAAAUGACUUAUCCUAAUUAAAAUCCAUAUUAGAAAGGAGGUGUAAAUAUUAAACAUUUAUGAUUAUUAU